AUGAGCCUCGCUGCACUCAAGACACGCCGACGCGAGGACUAUCCGUACCUCCUGGAGUACAGGACAAGAUGGAACGACAAUGAUAUGUAUGAUCAUAUGAACAACUCGGUGUACAACUUCCUAUUCGACUCCGCUGUCAACAGUUAUCUUGUCGAAAGAUGUGGCAUUCACCCCCCUUCAUCGCCUCAGUAUGGCUUAGCAGUGCAUUCCCACACAGACUUUCUGGCCUCCAUCGCCUAUCCUGCCGUGGCGGAGGUGGGCGUGCGUGUCACCAAGUUGGGCAAGUCGAGCGUCACCUACGAGGUAGCCCUGUUUGAAAGGGGCAGUGAUGAAGUCAAGGCUGUGGGAGGCUUCGUACAUGUCUUUGUGGAGAGGUCCACAGGAAGACCCCCGAAAGAUGGAAUGGAACCCCGGCUGAAGGAGGCAUUGGCUAAGAUUCAUCUGGGGCCUGUCACUCCUCCCAAGGAGGCGAGCAAGCUCUAA